AAUUCUGCCGCGCCAGGAAGGAGAUCGAUCUGGAGUGUUUAGAAUACAAUAGAGCCCAAGUAAGGUUAAGUGCUGUCAAAGGGAAGUAAGAUUCCAAGUCAAUGUUGAAAUUCACUAAGCUCUCGGCGGCUGCGCUCGAAAUCUGGGGGAAAGCCCUGGGCUUGGCCAGGUGGUUGGCCACGCCCCUAUUCGGCCGAGUGGCUAAGGCAAUCUGAAGCAGGGAGGGGAAACCAGACACACACAGUGCGCCGUGACACUAGGCCCUCCAGUGUUGCGGAGAGGCAAGAGCAGCGCGGAGAGGCGAGAGCACCUGUCCGCCCGGAGCUGGGACGCGGGCGCCGGGGCGGCCGGACGAAGCGAGAAGGGACCGCCGCCGAGGUGCGCGUCCGUGCGGCUCAGCCCAGCGGGGGACGCGGGGAGAAUGUGGACUGGGUAGAGAUGAGCGAGACUUUUCUCAGAUGUUGGAUAUUUGCUUGGAAAAACGUGUGGGUACGACCUUGGCUGCCCCCAAGUGUAGCCCUGGUGCUGUGAGGUUUCAGGGAUUGGCAGAGGGGACCGAGGGAACCAUGAAAAUGGACAUGGAGGAUGCGGAUAUGACUCUGUGGACAGAGGCUGAAUUUGAAGAGAAGUGUACAUACAUUGUGAACGACCACCCCUGGGAAUCUGGUGCUGAUGGCGGGACUUCGGUUCAGGCGGAGGCAUCCUUACCAAGGAAUCUGCUUUUCAAGUGUGCCACAAACAGCAAAGAGGUAAGCCUCUGGUUUAUUGCCGAAGAAGAUUGGGACCUGGCGCCAAAUCUCCCUACUUGCCCUUGAGACCUUGUAUAUCUCUGAAAACCUCUGAGAAUCUGUUAUUGGCGUGAUGAGUAAAGAGUACAUACCAAAGGGCACACGUUUUGGGCCCCUAAUAGGUGAAAUCUACACCACUGACACAGUUCCCAAGAACGCCAACAGGAAAUAUUUUUGGAGGAUCUAUUCCAGAGGGGAGCUUCUCCACUUCAUUGAUGGCUUUAAUGAAGAGAAAAGCAACUGGAUGCGCUAUGUGAAUCCAGCGCACUCUGCCCGGGAGCAAAACCUGGCUGCGUGUCAGAACGGGAUGAACAUCUACUUCUACACCAUUAAGCCCAUCCCUGCCAACCAGGAACUUCUUGUGUGGUAUUGUCGGGACUUUGCAGAAAGGCUUCACUACCCUUAUCCCGGAGAGCUGACAAUGAUGAAUCUCACACAAACACAGAGCAAUCUAAAGCAACUGAGCACCGAGAAAAAUGAACUCUGCCCAAAGAAUGUCCCAAAGAGAGAGCACAGCGUGAAAGAAAUCCUCAAAUUGGACUCCAACCCCUCCAAAGGAAAGGACCUCUACCGUUCUAACAUUUCACCCCUCACAUCGGAAAAGGACCUCGAUGACUUUAGAAGACACGGGAGCCCCGAAAUGCCCUCCUACCCUCGGGUUGUUUACCCCAUCCGGGCCCCUCUGCCAGAAGACUUUUGGAAAGCUUCCCUGGCCUACGGGAUGGAGAGACCCACUUACAUCACUCACUCCCCCAUUCCAUCCUCCACCACUCCAAGCCCCUCUGCCAGAAGCAGCCCCGACCAAAGCCUCAAAAGCUCCAGCCCCCACAGCAGCCCUGGGAACACGGUGUCCCCUGCGGGCCCCGGCUCUCAAGAGCACCGGGACUCCUACGCUUACCUGAACGCGCCCUACGGCACGGAAGGUUUGGGCUCCUACCCCGGCUACUCACCCCUGCCCCACCUCCCGCCAGCCUUCAUCCCCUCGUACAACGCUCACUACCACAAGUUCCUCCUGCCCCCCUACGGCAUGAAUUGUAAUGGCCUGGGCGCUGUGAGCAACAUGAAUGGCAUCAACAACUUUGGCCUCUUCCCGAGGCUGUGCCCUGUCUACAGCAACUUCCUCAGUGGGGGCAGCCUGCCCCACCCCGUGCUCAACCCCCCUUCCCUCCCAAGCUCGCUGCCCUCAGACGGAGCCCGGAGGUUGCUGCAGCCGGAGCAUCCCAGGGAGGUGCUUGUCCCAGCGCCCCACAGUGCCUUCUCCCUUACCGGGGCCGCUGCCAGCAUGAAGGACAAGGCCUGUAGCCCCACGAGCGGGUCUCCCACGGCGGGCAUAGCCGCCACGGCAGAACAUGUGGUGCAGCCCAAAGCUACCUCAGCAGCGAUGGCAGCCCCCAGCAGCGAUGAAGCCAUGAAUCUCAUUAAAAACAAAAGAAACAUGACUGGCUACAAGACCCUUCCCUACCCGCUGAAGAAGCAGAACGGCAAGAUCAAGUACGAAUGCAACGUUUGCGCCAAGACUUUCGGUCAGCUCUCCAAUCUGAAGGUCCACCUGAGAGUGCACAGUGGAGAACGGCCUUUCAAAUGUCAGACUUGCAACAAGGGCUUUACUCAGCUCGCCCACCUGCAGAAACACUACCUGGUACACACGGGAGAAAAGCCACAUGAAUGCCAGGUCUGCCACAAGCGAUUUAGCAGCACCAGCAAUCUCAAGACCCACCUGCGACUCCAUUCUGGAGAGAAACCGUACCAGUGCAAGGUGUGCCCUGCCAAGUUCACCCAGUUCGUGCACCUGAAACUGCACAAGCGCCUGCACACCCGGGAGCGGCCCCACAAGUGCGCCCAGUGCCACAAGAACUACAUCCAUCUCUGUAGCCUCAAGGUUCACCUGAAGGGGAACUGCCCUGUAGCCCCAGCCCCCGGGCUGCCCUUGGAAGACCUGACCCGAAUCAAUGAAGAAAUCGAGAAGUUUGACAUCAGCGACAAUGCUGACCGGCUCGAGGACAUGGAGGAUGACAUCAAUGUGGUCUCUGUCGUGGAGAAGGAAAUUCUGGCCAUGGUCAGAAAAGAGAAAGAAGAAACUGGCCUGAAAGUGUCUUUGCAAAGAAACAUGGGGAAUGGACUCCUCUCCUCAGGGUGUGGCCUUUACGAGUCAUCAGAUCUGCCCCUCAUGAAGUUGCCUCCCAGCAACCCGCUACCUCUGGUACCUGUAAAGGUCAAACAAGAAACAGUCGAACCAAUGGAUCCUUAAGAUUUUCCGAAAACACUUGUUUUGUUUCUUAAGUUAUGACUUGGUGAGUCAGGGUGCCUGUAGGAAGUUGCUUGUACGUAAUUCCAGCUCUGCAAAGCUCUCUUGAUAGCAAAUGGUUUCCCCUCACCUCUGGAAUUAAAGAAGGAACUCCAAAGUUACUGAAAUCUCAGGGCAUGAACAAGGCAAAGGCCAUAUAUAUAUAUAUAUAAAUAUAUAUAUAUAUAUAUAUAUAUACAUAUUAUAUAUACUUAUUUACUCCCAUGUCUAUAUAUUUGCCCCUGUGUAUUUUGAAUAUUUGUGUGGAUAUGUUUGCAUAGCCUUCCCAUUACUAAGACUCUUGCCUAGUCUUAAUUAUUUUUUCAAUGAUAAUCCUUCAUAAUUUAUUAUACAAUUUAUCAUUCAGAAAGCAAUAAUUAAAAAAGUUUACAAUAACUGGAAAGAUUCCUUGUAAUUUGAGUAUAAAUGUAUUUUUGUCUUGUGGCCAUUCUUUGUAGAUAAUUUCUGCACAUCUCUAUAAGUACCUAAGAUUUCGUUAAACAAAUAUAUGACUUCAGUCAACCUCUCUCUCGCUAAUAAUGGUUUGAAAAUGAGGUUUGGGUAUUGCCAAUGUUAGACAGUUGAUGUGUUCAUUCCUGGGAUCCUAUCAUUUGAACAGCAGUGUAUAUAACUUGGGGGUAUGUGUGCAGAAUUACCCAAUAAUAACUUAAGUAGAAGAAAUAAGAAAGGGAACCUUGGAUGUUUUUGUUGAUAGUUCAUGUUUUUCCCCCAGCCACAAUUUUACCAGAAGGGCAACAGGAAGGCUUUACCAACCUGUCUCCAAAACAGCAGGAUCCUCCCACCACCCGUGCCCCCGUCCCCCACAGUCCUGUGGCCAUUCAGAGCGGCCACAUGACUUUUGCAUACCAUUGUAUUGUCAGAAAAUGUGAAGAAGACAAAAUGCCAUGUUUUAAAACCACUGCGAAAUUUCCCCCAAAGCACAGGUGGCUUCGUAUGUGUGAAGUUUGGGGGCUUGAGUCUGGGUGUUGUUUUGUUGUUGGUUUUUGUUGUUUUUUUUUUUUUUUUAAUGUCAAAAUUGCACAAACAUGGUGCUCUACCAGGAAGGAUUUGAGGUAGAUAGGCUCAGGCCACUCUUUAAAAACAAACACACAAACAACAACAAAAAAAACGGGUAUUCUGGUCAUUUUGGGGUAAAAGCGGGUAAUGAAUAUUCCUAUCCCCAACACGUCAAUUGUAUUUUUUCCAUAAAACUCAGAUGUUCCUCAGUAUUUGUGUUUUUACAUUUUAUGGUUAAUUUAAUGGAAGAUGAAAGGGCAUUGCAAAGUUGUUCAACAACAGUUACCUCAUUGAGUGUGUCCAGUACUGCAGGAAAUAAUGUCUUAUCUAAUGAUUUGCUUCUCCGCAGGAGAAGCCGAGUAAAUGUGCUCCAGCAAGAUAGACUGUGUCAUUCUCUCUUUUAUUCUGCUAAGCCCAAAGAUUACAUGUUGGUGUUCAAAGUGUAGCAAAAAAUGAUGUAUAUUUAUAAAUCUAUUUAUACCACUAUAUCAUAUGUAUAUAUAUUUAUAACCACUUAAAUUGUGAGCCAAGCCAUGUAAAAGAUCUACUUUUCCUAAGGGCAAAAAAAAAAAAA